AUGGAGAAGCAGAAUGAAGCUACAGAGCAGCGCGUCGAGGCGACGACCUCCGCCCUGGACGACGAGAAGAACAAUGGCCUGACCCACCGCCACAUCAAAGAAGUCAACGUCCAAUCCGUCGCCCUCGCCGAUGCCAUUGCCAAAGACAAGCCCAACUACAAGUCAAAGUCACAAAUGACGCUCUACGCAAUGAUGUGUCUCUGUGUUCUAAACGGCAUCAUGAACGGCUACGACGGCUCUGUAAUGUCCGCCAUCAACGCAAUGGAACCUUUUCAAGCCCGCUUCCAAAUCGGCCUCACGGGCGAGCUCAACGGCGCCGUCUUCUCCAUCUACACCGUCGGCAGCAUCAUUGGCAGCCUACUAUGCGGAUACAUCAUGGACCGCUGGGGCCGCCGCGCUUGUAUGUUCUCCGGCGCGUCCAUGAUUGUGAUCGGCUCCGUGCUGCAGGCGAGCAGCUUCAAGCUGCCGCAGUUUUUUAUCGGGCGGUUCAUUGUCGGUACGGGGACGCCCAUGUGCGGGACGUCGGCGCCCGUGUUCUUGGUGGAGAUUGCGUAUCCUACGUGGAGGGGGUUGGCUGGGGGGUUGUAUAAUGUUCUGGGGUGCUACGGCACAAACUUUAUCCCCAACGAUUGGGCAUGGCGCAUCCCCUAUAUCGUCCAGCUCGUCCCGGCCACCAUUGUCAUCUCGGUCGUCUGGUUCCUACCGGAGAGCCCGCGCUGGCUAUGGUCGCAGGGCCAUACGGACCUCGCGGCGGCGAUCCUGACAAAGUACCACGGCGACGGGAACCUGCGCUCGGCGCUCGUCAAGCUCGAGCUCGACGAGAUCCGGACGUCGCUGGAGGCCGAACAGGAGCUAAGGAAUAAUAACUGGAACUAUAAGAUACUUGUCAACAACAGGCCGAACCGGUACCGCAUGUGGCUCAUCAUGCUCGUUGCCGUCUUUUCUCAGUUUAUCGGGGGAUCGGUGAUUUCGUACUAUUUACCUGCCAUGGUGCGCGGCGUUGGCAUCACGGACUCGAGCCGACAAUUGCUUCUGAACGGGAUCAACACCGUCAUAUCCUUCGUCAGCGGCAUCUUCGGCUCCUUCUUCGUCGACAAGGUCGGUCGCAGGCAGCUGUUCCUCUGGGGCACCCUGCUCACGGGGCUCGUCUACAUCCCCAUCAACGUCCUCGCCGCAAAAGCAGAGCAUCACCUCGACGAGGGCACCGCAGUCCCCAAGCCGCAGGCCUACGCCUUCAUCGCCAUGAUCUUCUCGUACGGCAUCUUUUGGGGCUUCUGCUGGACGCCGCUGCAGGCGCUGUACCCGGCGGAGAUUUUGAACAACGAGAUUCGCGCAAAAGGGAUGGGCGCCAAGGGAUUCAUCUCUGGUGUUGCGAGCUUUAUUAACACGUACGGCACGUCCGUGUCGAUUAAGCAUAUCGGGUGGAAGACGUAUACGAUUUUUUUGGUGUUGCAUUUUGUGCAUCUCGGGUUGAUGUACGUGUCUUGCGUUGAGACCAAGGAGAGGACGUUGGAGGAGCUGGAGGAGAUUUUCAGCGAUGCGAAGCCGGUGAAGAGGAGUUUGCAGAAGACUACUGUUGUUGUUGAUCGUGGGCUAGGAGUUAAGGUCAAGGACGAUGCUUGA